CUGAAAUCACGCUACAAGCGGCUGGCGAAACUAGCCGAAAUAUUUCCUUUUGUUUGGCUAUUUUAGCCACAGAAUUUAUCAAAAGGCUGUCUUUGCACAUUGGYYAGAAAUGGUUGCAAAGAAAUGUCCAGAUUGCGACCAAACGCUUCCAGUUGCCUGCAAGUCAUGYCCAUGUGGACAUAUAUUCAUUAGUAAAAAGCAACUCUCUCUUCCACUUCAAGAUAAGACAGAAACUGGAGAAGGAAACCACCGUGACCAGCGCCUCAGACCUGAAGUCCCAAAAUUAGCCAAUAAAGACUAUGAUUAUAACUAUGGAAAGAUGGACAAAGUACAAGAUAUCAAUGACGAUAAAGAGGCUGUCAACACAAGAGUAUUGAUAUCCCCAUCAACAUCACAAACACUUCAUCUUGUUGUAAGAAGUUAUCCUCAAACUAGCAAAAGUUCUGAGAUGACAYUUAAUAUGCCUACGCAAGAGGCCCAUAUUUUAGGAGAAGGAUAUAUUAUAUCCAAACGUAAACGAGGAAGACCCAAAGGAUCCAAGAAUAAACCAAAACCAGUUGUACAGCCUGGUGAAGAACCAUCAUYGCAUGAUGAUACACAGACACAGAAUACCGAAUCAGGAGAUCCAACAAAAAGGAAAAGAGGCCGCCCCAAAGGAUCUAAAAACAAGCCAAAAGAUCCUCUCCUUCACCUUAAUAAAGACGAUUAUAGCUCAGAUCCACAGGAUGAAUAUUACCAGGAACCAUAUUUAGAUACCAUGCCACAUAUAUCAAAAGAAAAAGCCAUUUCCUACUCAAUAGUUCUCUCUGACAUCAAUCAAAAAAUGUUAAAACAAUCGUCAAUGAACUUUGUAUAAAACUGUGAAUAUAUCACAUACAGAACAAUAUCACAAUAUCACAGUAGUGACAGAAUAAUAAUAAUAGUCCACUUCGCAGAUAACACAGCUAUUAGAAAUUGAGCAAAUAUCGAAAAACUAUUACCACCACUGGAAAGAACAGUGUAAAAUUAGUAUGUUUACCAGGUUUGAGCAUGAUUCGAUGAAAAGUCAAGGAGAAACAGCGUUUAAAAGUCGGCAAAAUUUACAAAGAAAUGUAUGGCUGUCGGCAUGAGAUCGAGGUUGACCUUGACUUGUUACAACCUGGCCAAACAUUUCUAUGCAAAAUUUAGUGUUUU